AUGCAUCAAUCUCUUGCUCGUGAAUUCGGUCCAAAGGGUGUUCAUGUAGCUCAUGCGGUGAUUGACGGAGUCAUCGAUAUCCCACGUACGAAGCAAUGGGCUGCUAAUGACGGUGUCGAGGAUGGAAAGAUUAGUCCUGAUGCGAUUGCUGAGGCUUAUUGGAAUCUUCAUACUCAACAUCGCUCUGCAUUUACCCAGGAGAUCGAUAUCCGGCCAUACGUUGAGAAGUGGUAG